AUGUCUCUGUCUGCGAAGUACCAUGGAAGCAAGCCGGACGAAGAGUAUGUGGCUGAGCUAGAUGCGGUAGAGAAGAAGUAUCGCCAAAACAAGCACAUGCUGGAGGACCUCUUUAGCCAUCGGGUGAAGCUGAUGCGGGCUCAACACGAAGAAGCACGGGCCCAUCUUCAGAGUAAACUCGCCAAUGAUGCUGAGACGCGAGAAGUCUCGGCCAUGGUUCGAAUUCGAGUUCGGCUGCAAAACCUACGCCACGCGAUCGAUUUGUAUGCGGGCCAGGCUGGUGCUUGCGUGAACGAGUGGAAGCGUUAUACGCAGCGUUGCCAGGAGAUGAAGGCCGACUUGAAGAGGCAGGUCCAGCGCGUGCUGAAGCGAAUCCCUGGCGACAAGCAGCACGUUCGGCAGAGGAGGAAAAUGAUCAUACAGAGUUGGGCACGGGUGACGCGAUAA